AUGUAUGAUAUUGAUAACCCAAGUGCAGUAAUGCCUUUAUACGAUCCAUUUAGUGGCGGCAACUUAGAAGCUUGUGAGUCAACCUGUCUUAUGGUAGAUGGUUGUUUAGGAUUUAGCAGAGAAAAAGCCGCUACUGAUGACGCAAUUGCAGAUUGUUAUUUUAAACAAGAAUUAACAAUUGGUCACACAGACAAUGAUCCCACAUGGCAAACUUAUGUUUGGAGUUGA